AGGGCUCAUAGGAGCGUAGAGGAGAGGUCCAUUGCGAAUGCGUCCCAGCCCAACAGCGCUAUUGACAGGAAAAACAAAACCGACGUAGAAAGCACAGUUUUGUUUUCCUCCACUCUACUUCUCUUUCGUUUUCUCUCUCUCUCUCUCUCUCUCUCUCUCUCUCUCUCUCUCUCUUUCUCUCCGCGGCUUGCCAAAGGGCAGACGCUCUAAGUGCCUGUAUAUGUGCGCGUCCCAGUGGUUGUAUUAGUGCCGAGCUCUUUCUUUCUCACUGUUUGCACAUCAUGAACACUCUUCCGGCGUAUUCGGGAGCCAGGAUAUCAGGCUGUUGGGCUCUCAGGGCUGAUGGCAGUGGGGGCGGCGAAGGCUCUCUGGACAGGCUCCUCCCCUCUGUCAACACCGGCCUGUCACCACGGAAACGAACGACCAGCCAGUGUAAAUCCGAGCCCCCGCUGCUGCGGACCAGUAAGAGGACCAUCUACACCGCUGGACGUCCUCCGUGGUAUAAUGAACAUGGGACCCAGUCCAAAGAAGCUUUUGUUAUUGGGCUUUGUGGAGGCAGUGCCUCAGGAAAAACAACAGUCGCCCGCAAGAUUAUCGAGGCUUUGGAUGUUCCUUGGGUGGUUCUUCUGUCCAUGGAUUCCUUUUACAAGGUCCUGACGGCUGAACAGCAGCUGCUGGCCGCCAAAAACGAUUACAACUUUGACCAUCCAGACGCCUUUGAUUUCUGUCUGCUGGCGCACACGCUCCGCAAACUCAAGCAGGGGAAGAGCGUGAAGAUCCCGGUGUAUGACUUCACCAAACACGGACGACAGAAAGAAUGGAAAACAGUCUAUGGGGCGAGUGUCAUUAUAUUUGAGGGAAUCAUGGCUUUUGCAGAUAAAGACCUGCUGAAGCUGUUGGACAUGAAGAUCUUUGUGGACACGGAUUCUGACAUCCGGCUGGUACGGAGGCUGAGGAGGGACAUCACAGAACGAGGGCGGGACAUCGAAGGGGUCAUCAAACAGUACAACAAGUUUGUGAAGCCAGCUUUUGAACAAUACAUCGAACCCACCAUGAGACUGGCGGACAUCGUGGUGCCUCGAGGUGGCGGCAACAUGGUGGCCAUUGAUCUAAUCGUUCAGCACGUACACAGUCAGCUGGAGGAGAGAAAACUCCGCUGGGAUAUGGCGGCUCUAGCUUCUGCCCAUCAGGCUCAGCCCCUCCCACAGACCCUCAGUGUUCUGGAGAGUACACCGCAGGUCCGCGGCAUGCACACCAUCAUCAGGAAUAAAGAGACCAGUCGAGAUGAGUUCAUCUUUUACUCCAAGAGGUUAAUGCGGCUGCUUAUAGAGAGAGCGCUUUCGUUCCUUCCAUCUCAGGUCCAUACUGUUCAGACCCCACAGGGUGAGGAUUACGAGGGCAGAACCUUUCAUGGGAAGAGGAUUACAGGCGUGUCGAUUCUCAGGGCGGGAGAAACCAUGGAGCCCGCGCUUAGAGCCGUGUGCAAAGAUGUUCGCAUCGGCAAAAUCCUCAUUCAGACCAAUCAGGACACCGGAGAGCCUGAGCUGCAUUACCUGCGUCUACCCAAAGACAUCGGCGAGGAUCACGUGAUUCUGAUGGACUGCACCGUGUCCACCGGAGCUGCCGCCAUGAUGGCCAUAAGAGUUUUACUAGAUCAUGACGUUCAGGAGGAGAAGAUCCUGCUGGUGUCUCUGCUCAUGGCGGAGAUGGGUGUUCAUUCGGUGGCCUACGCCUUCCCUCAGGUCAAGAUUAUGACCACGGCAGUCGACAAGAAGGUCAACGACCUCUUUCACAUCAUCCCUGGCAUAGGAAAUUUUGGCGAUCGUUAUUUUGGAACAGAUGCACCGCCGGACUGGAGUGAUGAAGACAUGGAUGAGCCGAGCUGCUGAGAUCUCCUGCGCUCGUCUGUAACACUCCAAAAAAACCCUGCUAGGACAGUGAGGAGGACGGUGUCUGAUAUUUGUACAUUUAUAAACUUUUAAAAUAUUUUUAUACUUUUUGCUCUCCCAAAAGUGUUUUAUGAGAAAGUUUUAUGUGGCUUAUUUAUAAAUAUUAAAUUUUUCUUCAUUGUUGUUAUUUAAGAGGAUUAUUUAAUGUUAUUUCAAGUUUAUUUGGAAGUGUUUAGUAUGUCUUGAAGUUGUUUCUGAAUGUGUUUUGGGUGUAUACGCUCCCCAUCAGACAGAACAUCUCUGGUCUUGUUUUACUCUGUUCUUCUGCCUUUGUUGAGAGCAAAGUCUGAGAGUGUCGCCUUGCUGCAUAUAGGCAGUGAAUUUCUUUGAAGGACCACUUCAUCGGAAAAAACGUGUGGGCGUUGCUCACUUUUAAUCUUUGUCUUUUUUUCGCUUGCUUAGCGGCUGCUGACCAAACCACAGACUGUUAACAAUUACACUUUCACAACAAAGACUUCUAAAUCAUGUACAACAACUUUGGUUAUAAAGUUUCAUUUUGUUCUUGAUAUUUUUUAAGUUUCAUUUUACUGCCAUGUGAUUGUUAUGGAUGUUAUAUUUCGUUUGUCUGUUGUGCUAAAUCAUGUAGAAGUAAGGGUUUAAGUUUACAUAGCACUGCUCGGUCGAUCUAACACGGGCACGAAUGAGAAGCUACAUCAAACUAUCACCACCGUAGCUCAUCGCCAACUGUCGCUGAACAAUUUUAGGUAGUUAAUGUUGUGUAUUCUUUUUCAAUCUCUAUGAAAAACCUCGUGUUGAGAUAAUGACCUACAUGUUUUUUUGUAACCCACAAAAGUGGAACAUUUCGCGUCUGUCCAGCAUCUAUAGCUGCCUUUACCAUAUAUGGCUCAGUUCUGCUUGACGUUUACGUUCUUGUUGGGAACAUACAGAGCGUAAGAACAAAACUAGAUCACAGGAAAUGUUCGUGUCUAGCUUGGAAUUCACGGCAAAUGAAGCAUUUUUGUAUGGCUGUUUUAUUGAUAUCAGGUUUUUAUCAUUUUACCCCACUGAGCACUUUGAGAAGCUGUAUUUAGCCUGAAGAAUUAUUUCAUUACAGAAUUGGUCCGAUUGUGUGGGAUUCUUUGUUUUAUAACGCAAUCGUAUAAUUUAUUGCAGUUAACCAAAAUGAUGUUCUGUAAGUUUCCGUGGACACGAGAUCCUAUUUUUAGUUUUUGGCCAAAAUAGUUGUCGCAAAUAUGAACAAGUGAAAUAUUGUAUUAAAGCAUCUGCACUGAAGUCAAACCCUAAUGAAUGUAUCUCGUCUGUCUUUUUCACACCAGGAAUAAAAGUGGAUGAUUUGUG